GUUUGGUAAUCUUACAUCACUGACAGUACUGGAUCUAAGGGGCAAUGAUAUAUCUAAAAUAGAAUCGGGUGCCUUUUCUGAUUUGCAAUCAUUGGAACAAUUAUACUUGCCUAACAAUAAACUGACAAUAUUGACACAUGGUAUAUUUGGUAAUCUAACAUCACUGACAUGGCUGUAUCUAAAUGACAAUAAUAUAUCUAAAAUAGAAUCGGGUGCCUUUUUUGGUUUGCAAUCAUUGGAUAUAGUAUGGUUGUAUAACAACAAACUGACAAUUUUGGCAACUGGGACGUUUAGUAAGCUUACAUCACUUACGCAUCUAGAUCUAACGGGCAAUGAUAUAUCUAAAAUAGAAUCGGGUGUCUUUUCUGGUUUGCAAUCAUUUGAACAAUUAACCUUGUUUAACAAUAAACUGACAGUAUUGACACAUGGUAUGUUUGGAAAUCAUUCAUCACUGAAAAGGCUGUAUCUAUACGCAAAUGAUAUAUCUAAAAUGGAAUCGGGUGCCUUUUCUGAUUUGCAAUCAUUGGAACAAUUAUACUUGUCUAACAAUAAACUGACAAUAUUGAGACAUGGUAUGUUUGGUAUUCUUAAAUCGUUGGCAGAGCUGAGUCUAUCUUUUAAUCAUAUAUCUAAUAUAGAAUCGGGUGCCUUUUCUGGUUUGCAAUCAUUGGAACGAAUACACUUGGGUAACAAUAAACUGACAAUAUUGACAACGGGCAUGUUUGGUAGUCUUACAUCACUGACAUGGCUGAAGCUAAAUGACAAUAAAAUAUCUAAAAUGGAAUCGGAUGUCUUUUCUGGUUUGCAAUCAUUGGAACAAUUAACCUUGUUUAACAAUAAACUGACAAUAUUGACACAUGGUAUGUUUGGUAAUUUUACAUCACUGCUAAUACUGCAUCUGUCUGGUAAUAAUAUAUCAAAAAUAGAAUCGGAUACAUUUUCUUCUUUGCAAUUACUGGAAGACUUAGACCUGUCUAACAAUAAUCUUGAACAUAUGCCGGCCGAUAUAUGCCAGUACUUGCCAAAUCUUAAUGCUUUAAGCUUGAUUGGAAAUGAUAUAACGUCUGUGUCAGAUGAAUAUAUCAAUAAUAUAACUGCAAUAAGGGACAAUGACCUAUGCUCAAGAAACUAUGAAAUAACCCUUUCAUCUUCAAUUUUCUUAACAGAAGACAUCAAUGUACCAUCUACACAAUUGUACACUCAAACAUCCCAAGCAUCAAUUCAACCAACAUGGGCAUCAACUAAACCAACACAGGCAUCCUCUCAACCAACACAACCAUCCAUUCAACCAACACAGCCAUUCUCUCAACCUACACAGGCAUCCUCUGAAUCAACACAGCCAUUCUCUCAACCAACACAGCCAUCCAUUCGACCAACACAGGCAUCCUCUCAACCAACACAGCCAUCCCUUCGACCAACACAGGAAUCCCCUCAACCAACACAGCCAUCCAUUCAACCAAAACAGGCAACUUCUCAACUAUCACAGUCAUCCAAUCAACCAACACAAGCAUCUUCUCAACCAACACAGCCAUCCAUUCAACCAACACAGGCAUCCAGUCAACCAACAAAUGCAUCCGGUCAACCAACACACAUAGCAGCACAUAAUAAUUCCAUAGUCCUUGUCAUAGCAUGUGCAACUUCUGCGUUUUGUGUAAUUAUCAUUAUUCUUUUAUGUAUCGUAUUCUACCUUCUGAAAACAAGACAAUAAAGUUGCUCUGGUCGACCAAGUGAAAGCACCAGAGAUAAUAUGUGGGUGAAAUAAGGUGAUGAAUUGAAACAUGAAUAUUUGUUUAUGUAAAUCAUGGUCUAAGCUCAACUUUUUGACAAUAAGUACGAGUCGGUUCGUUUUUCAAAAGAACAUGUACACAGCAAACAGGUAGAACAUUUGCUAUGUGCAAUUUUUUACAGUGAGCUACUUUGUUAUACAGGGCGUAUCAAAAAAAUGCAACAAGUAGUUAUCUCGUUAAAUCACAAAACUAGUGAUGACUACAUCAAUUCCAUCCAAAGUACCAUAAAGCUACGUCUCUCCUC